CCAUCAGAAAUUUUUUGCCUAAUUUAAGAACUCGUCUAAUUUUGAGUUUUGUGGAUUGAAAUCAACAAUCAGCAGAAAGAUGAAUGUGAUACCCGAUACAUCUUUUAUCUGAAUAAUAUGGACAUGGAAUUGAAUUUGGAAGCAAAAUAUCAAAGACUAGCUACCGAAUACUCGAAAGUUCGAUCACAAGCAACAGUUUUAAAAAAAGCUGUAUUAGAUGAACAAACAAAAACAGCGGAGUUCCACGAGCUCCUUAAAAAACACGAACAAACUGCUAGGAAGCGGGAUCAGGAAAUGGAGAGUCUGAACUUUAGAAAUGAGCAGUUAACAAAACGUAUAAUGGUGUUGCAGCAAGAGCUACAAAACACUGUUCAGGGUAAAAAAAGCAAACACAAAGUGACCGAAGUACCUCCUAGUAUCGAUUCAAGUCUUUUGAACGAAGAACUCCAAAAGAAAAUCUUGGAAAAUGCCCAGUUAUUGAAUUCAGUGUCUGACAAGGAUUUAGAAAUAAUUGGAUACAAAGAGAGAAUUAAGAAUCUGGAAGAUGUUUUGGCAAGCUCGCAAAUAAAACUUGCACUGAAGGAAAAAACCAUCGAGGAGGAAAGAGAAGAGUUCAAAGCGAAAAGAAAUGAGUUGGAGAAAUUAGUCCGCGAGCUUUCACACAGCAGUGCACAGAGGAAACAGUCCAUUGAUUCAUGCGAAGAGAAUGCGAAGGUAUGGCAGACUGAAGCAGAACGGUGGAAGAAGGAGUGUACCCUGCUCAAGUCUCGACCCGACUCGAAUGACAAACUUACCAAAUACUACGAAUCCCAACUCAGCGAGGUCCUAGAGUCGAAUGUACUUUUAAGGUCGGAAACAGACUCAGCGUGGGCCGAAAAUCUGGCCUUGAAAGCUAGAUUAGAAAAUCUAACUUUGGAGCACAAUCAGUUGAAAAGUAGCUUGAAGAGCAGUCGCGAAGAACUUGUUACGACCAAUAACAAUUACAAGAGCCAGCUUGAUGCUAUGACGGAGCAUCUGGCUGCCCAGAAUGAAACGAUUACCAGGCAGUGCGACGACAUUCAGUACCUGAAGCAUAAGCUUUCGCAGAAAAAGUAACGUUUCCAGCUUGGCAAUGCUUGGAAACUAUUUAAUCUCCUCGAACGGGUACAGCAGCAAGAUGGAUAAUCAGAAUUUCACAAACAAAUGAGAAAUUAUGCAAUGACCUAUCCUGCUACUUGGUACUAUUCCAGUGGUAAAUAUUUCAAUUUUGCAGAUGAUCUGUUAUAUUAUAUUAAAGGAUUAUAUUAGGAUCAGUUUCGAAGCAGAAACUCAUUCAUAAAUAAAAUUAACAAAAAACUAGA